GAUUAUGUUAUCAAUCUAGAUUGUACUCUAUGAGUAAAACGUUUAAUCACAAAAAAAUUAACGUUGAUGAGAAAGUAUUUAAUAAGGUUAUAAGACAAGAGCAAGAUGAUUAUAUUAAUCAGAUGACUUGUCUUCCUAAUACUGCAAAGAAUGAGGCCCUUUUAGAAAAUGUUUUG